AUGCAGGGCGCGGAGUGCGGCAUAACUUCCGAAGCAGCGCCUUGCGAAAACGCACGAGGCAGACGAAGGCGCCGACGUCGACACCGCAGUCGCUCGCGGGACAGGGAUGUCUUCGAGCCGCAUCAUGCCAGCGCAGUUCCACGGGCAUUGGCCCUCUCUGCAAAGCCUCCUGACAAAGACCAGCCCAUUUCCACAAUCAUGCUGCGGAACAUACCCUGCAGGUACACACAAGGGUCCUUGAUGCAAGAAGUCGACCAGCUGGGCUUUGAAGGCUGCUACGAUUUCUUCUACCUUCCCAUGGACAUGCGCAACAAGAAUAGCGUCGGCUAUGCUUUCAUCAAUUUCAGGGACUCCAAGACCGCCGAGCGCUUCGUCGAGGCAAUGCGGGAGCACAGCUUUCGACGGCACGCCAGCGAAAAGCAGCCCAAAGCGUCUCCGGCGCAUCUUCAGGGAUUGCGAAACAAUGUACUUCAUUUCGCAAACCGUGCUGUGGCGAAUUGCCGCGACACUCGGUACCGUCCAGUCGUACUUGCCGAAGGUGGGCGUCGUCUGGACCUCCACGACGCUCUGGCUCAGCUCGACGGUGAAGUGGAGACUUCGGCGGCCGAGGUCGGAAAGAAAGCCAUUGCCGAGGCCUCGCGCUGCUUCGAAGCUGCCAAGGCCAAACUGGAGGUGGCCAUUGCAAGGGUCCUUGCCGAUGCUGGCCGUGACGGCCGUGUCAAGCCGGAGGGUCAGGCAAAGGCCGUUACGCCGCUGGGGUGGGUGGAGACGGCGCUGCGGGAUCUUGCCCAGGAGGUGGAUCCACAGAAGCAUCGCCGAGGCUUCAAUGCCGGGUGGGUAGCGGAAACCUUCGCCAAGUUGGUUGGGGGCACGCCCGUGACUCCGCGUGGAACCUGCCGGGCCGAUGCCCUGCUCCAGCCACCUCCUGCUGCCUGGGAGCACCCGCAGGGCAAGGUGGGUGGCUGGGUGGAUGAGGCCUUUGUCGCCUUGAUGGAUGAUUGCAAGCUCAAGGAACUUCCGUCCAGGAGCCUUUGUGAAGGUGUGGGUGCCUUGCAGAGACUGAAGUCGCUUGGAGGAUGGGCUUGGGUGGCCUUCGCCUAG